UGAUUUUUUAGCCUCAAUCCCCACCAAACGUUUUCGAAUUUUAAAUGCCACCACAACUUUCUAGCCGUUUAACCUGGAAAAGUCUCUCUCUCUCUCUCUCUCUCUACUUUUUUGCUCUCAGCUUCUCACUCGUAUAUCAGAUAAGAAAACCCAUUUUGAGCUUUGAAUAUCCCUUUGCCAGAUCAGAUUUUGGUAGCUCAAUUUGGGGAAAAUGAAGGCAAUUAUGAAGGGGAAGAUACUGAAGAAGCUCAAAUCGAUUCGACCCAUUGGGUAUCUGAAACAAGAUCGAGUUCUCCAAGUAAAUGCAUCAGAUGGGUACGCUGACUUUCUCCCCAAGAGUCCAAGUCUCAGAGCUCAGACCGAGUUGAUUUGCGAAGAAACAGAGCAGAAGCAGAGCAUAGAGACAGGUGUGACAGUGGAAGAGCCUGACAUUAUCGAUGUUGAGGAGCUUAUGCGAGACCUUGAAGAUGAAGAAGAUAUGGAUUUUGAUGACGAAAUCAACAACAAAGAGAACAUCGGACCACCAUUGGAAGCAAAAGAGACAGUUGUGUACGAGAAAUCGAAGCCGGAAACUCGGGAAAACAGAGCUUUGGAAGAAUCGGAAAUGGGAAACGGUAAUUGUCAACAAACACCUUUAUCGGAGAUUGACAUCUCGUCGUUCCGAAAGCCAGACUUGAACUCCGGUACACUCUUCGACCCUAACCUACUAGCUGCCUUUGAGCUAGCCGUGAAAGAGCAUAUUCGAAUGAGUGAAGCAGAGAGAAGAGCCAGAAUUGAGCAAGAGAAUCUUGAAAAAAUUGCAGAAGAAAGAGAAAAAGAAAAAGAAAAAGAAGAAGAAGAAGAGCCUCCAUCGAAAACACGUCGAGUUGAGGAAGAGAACCCUUUAUUAGAAUUCGAAGAGAAAUGCCCACCAGGAGGAAAAGACUCAGUAAUUUUCUACACAACCACACUCCACGGAAUAAGAAAGACGUUCGAAGAUUGCAAUAGUAUCCGCUUUCUUUUGGAGAGUUUUCGGGUGGUAUUUUACGAGAAAGAUGUGUCGAUGCAUAUGGAAUUUAAGGAAGAGUUGUGGAGGAUUUUGGACAGUAAAGCAGCUCCUCCAAGGCUUUUUAUUAAGGGGAGAUAUAUAGGCGGAGCAGAAGAGGUUUUGGCGUUACACGAGCAAGGGAAGUUUCGGCCACUCUUCCAUGGAGUUCCGAUUGAUCGAUCUAAUGGUGCAUGUGAAGGGUGUGCUGGAGUUCGUUUUGUGCUUUGUUCCAAGUGCAAUGGCAGCCACAGGAUUGUUUCCACAGAGGGAGAGUCUAAUGUGUGUCCAGAGUGUAAUGAGAAUGGGUUGAUCGUAUGCCCAAUUUGCUGCUGAAGAAGCUACAAAGACUCUGAUCUCCUUGUUUAGUAUAUUGAAUCCCUGUUUAUUUUGUUUUUUCUUCUUUUUCUGUUGGGGUGCUCUUGUGAUGAAUAUUCUUUCUAAAGCUAAUACAUACAUUGUAAAAUUCAAAUAGAUUAAAUUAAUCAUGCUCUUGGGAGCUUUCUAUGCU